AUGGCUAGAAUGCAGUAUCUGCAUGUAUGUGUUUUUUUUUUCUCCUUUUCAGGCCACAGCCUUGAUCAUAGAAGCACUUUCUCUUCAGCACUCUGGCUGCCAGGAACCGGGUGCCCUGUCUUAGGGUGUGGGGCCAAAUUUUGUCGAAAUAAAUCUGACUUGCGCAGCCAUUGGUUAGAGAAGCAUGAAGAAAUAACUACCUACUACCACUGUGCUGUGUGCACUAGUUUGUCCUUCAAAAGAAAAUCAAACUUAAUGAAGCAUAUUCGCUGCAAGCAUAGAGAAAAUGUCACAGAAUGUCUUGGAAAAGUCGAGUUUCAGUCAAACCCAGAGUUCAUUGAUCCAGGAGGCCUGUGGCAACCUGGUCUGGGCUGCCCCGUACCUGGCUGUAGCGCUAAUGUCAUUCGACAGGCAAUCCAUUUGAAAAUUCAUUGGACUGAGAAGCAUGAGGAAAUCGUGGCUAAGUACCACUGCUCAGCCUGUCUUUUCUAUACAAAGAGAAAGUCCAACCUGUUUCAGCAUUUCCGACUCAAACAUGGAAACGAUAUUUCACAAGCAGUCGGCAAAGUGGAGUAUCAGCACAACCGGGAAUUUCAAGAUCCCUACCCAUACACUCUCGAUGAGGUUCUGGGAAGACUGCAAGCCUGA